AUGUCCCCUCCGUUGGAAUCACCGAUUCGCAUUCUGAUCACCGUAAAACAAAGACACCCUCAGAUAUGGCAAAAGGCAUGGGAACAACCAGAACAGAUGAUAUCCAGGGUCCUCAAAUAUCUCAAGUAUGACUAUUUGGUAGCGCCAGAUGAUAAGUAUGACACCUCGGACUGCCGUUUCAUCGCGGUUGAUCGCUGGGAACCUGUCGUCUUUAUUGUCUUCGACCUAUUCAACACACAAUAUAACCAUCUUGAUGCGCAUCUGGAUGGUAAGAAUGAAUUGCCCGUCAGGGUGGUUCGCAUCUCUCAAGGCGACAAUAGUUAUCUUAUCAAGGCAUCGGAGGCACAGCAUAUCAAAUAUUUGAGCGAUGAGGUUCGGAAUCUUCAUGAAUCGCAUGGGUGGGAAGAGAAAGUGCCUUUCAGGAUCGACCAUUACAAUGGAGCAUACCCUACCUAUUAUCAUCCGCGAGCAUUACGCAAUAACAACUCCUCGGAUAUGAAAUUACCGUGA